CCUCCUAUGAUGUUGAUUUUAAUCGUAUUUAUAAAAACGAUAUCAGAAGCUGUUGGGAACGCUCACUAACAUUGACACAAAAUUUAAUUUGAACUCGCAGAAAGAAUGGAUAGUCAGAUAGAUGGUCCACUUAUAGCUCUGCGAAAUAAAUAUGCUGAGGAUUUGGAAGACAUUCUUACAUGUCCAGUAUGUUUUGAAAGACUGACAAAAAAAAUUCCUGUUUGUACUCAAGGGCAUCAUAUCUGUGAACAAUGUUCACCUCGGAUGGCAUGCUGUCCUGUUUGCAAAGAAAACUUCAAUGGCACAAGAAAUUUCUUAGCUGAAUCUUUGAUUAUAAAAUUUGAUGAGAUCAAGGAUUCACUAAUUGAUCCUCAGCAUUCACUUAAUCGUAAAGUGUUGGAGGGUAGAGUAUCAGUUAGUACGCAAACUGAGAAUUUGUUUAAAAAUGAUGGCAUUAACAAUAACAAUGUUUUGAUUACUAACUGCAGCAAUAUAGCAAUAAAUAAUUGGUUAAAAGGACCUGUUGUUGGAAAAGGAAAGUAUCCUUGCAGAAUUGGGGACUGCACCGAAGAAUUGCCACAUGGUAGAAUGAUACCACACUUACGGUAUUAUCAUAAAGAAAAUAUUGUUGAGGAAAAAAUGGUUACUAAUGCUAUGUAUGAAUAUAAAUGGGAAAUUCAGUAUGAAUUUGGCAUGAAAAAUGAUAAAGUAAUCAGUAUUCCUAAUAUGGGAUUGUUUUUCUGGAAUGUUACUAUUGAUAUAGAAGGAAACUUGCGUGGAAGCUUACAGAUAGCUAAUACAACAUUGGUAUCACAACAGUUCACCUAUGAAAUGACAAUAAUUCAUUCACAUAGUUCUGUAAGCUACAAAGGAAACGUUUUAUCAUGUCGUUCACCACAAACCAAACUUGUUGAUAAAUCUUUGUUUAUUAUCAAUUCAUUUAUGAAAACUAUGUUGAAAAGAAGGAAAGCAUUUACAUGCACUAUAGUUAUAACUCAUCAUCCAGAAUCUAGCAACAUACUAAAAAGAGAAAAUAAUGAAAUCAGUUUGUCUUCAAUAUAAAUGUCAAGUGGCAUUUUAGUUUUUCAAAUUUCAUUCAAUGAUAAAGCCUAAUAUGUAAGUUUUAUCUUUCAUUAUUCUACGAAUUAGAAUUAUUAUUUUAUAUUACAAUUUUCAGCAAUUGAAAUUUUGAUUGGUGUAGCUUAUGAUCUCUUUACGGGUAUGUAUGUGUCCCGUACACGUGUGUGUGUGUAUACAUACAGACAUACACAUACAUGAAAACAUACACGUUUUUUUUUCAUACUCUACAUAUUUCCAAAGAGACCUUAAUCAAUUCAUGAUAUCAAUUAGAAUCAUUGUUCUUUUUCUUAUAAAGGCUUCAAGAACAAGAAUGUAAAUAUAUAUUUUUAUUAACAUUUUACAAAUUAAACUUUCAGUUUGAUAGUGACAUGUGGUAGUUACUUUUAGUUUAUCUCAUUGCAUAAAUAAAUAUUGCUAUUUUAAUACCCAAUAAAAAAAUACAUAAGUGUAAGUUGUUGAUUAUUAUUAAAAUAUUGCUAAGUUUGAAUAAGAAUUUGUAAAUGUCUUUUUCCUACUA